CUAAAUGAGAAUCUGAAAAUGACAGAACACAUUUCAGCUCAGAGUAAUGGUCAUUUUUAUGAUAUUAUUUAUGAUACUCUCCAGUUAAUUGACUUUAUUUUGUUUUUUGUAGAUGCAGUGCAGCUGUGUGCCCCCUGUAGGACACUUGCCAUCACCGCUCUGGAGCCGAGCCGUCCUGUUUCCAGACUGGGCGUACAGACCCUGGUGGUCCCCGGGCUCGCGGCAGGUGCAGCUCUGGCACUUCCUGUUGGAGCUUUUGGGGCGGGGCGAGGGCGGGGGCGGGGCUAUCGGCUGGAGCGACCAGUGGGGAGAGUUCGUGAUCAGAGACCCUGAGAGACUGGCUCAGCUGUGGGGAGAGAGGAAAGGGAAGCCUCACAUGAACUACGACAAACUCAGCCGAGCUCUCAGAUAUUAUUACAAUAAACGCAUUCUGCACAAAACCAAAGGAAAACGCUUCACCUACAAAUUCAACUUCAGCAAACUGCUCCUGGUCAACUGCCCCGCUGUCCCUCAUAUACCCCCUCAUAUACCCCCACAAAUACCCCCCCACGGACUCCCCCACUGCAGCCUCGCCCCCUCCCCUCAGUGGCUCAACAGUCGCUCCCUUCUUUCGUCAGACUCUGUUCUCUGGGGGUCAGUUCUGGACUCAGCUGUCCACUCUCUCCCUUCCUCUCUCCUCCUCUCCUGUUACCUGCCUAAACCCAUUCUCACCCCUCCCUUCCUGCCCCUCCCCCCUCCACUCCCCCUCUCCCGCUGCACCCGCUCCGGGGCAGAUCCAGCUGAGGGGCAGAUGGACCACGGCUCGCCUCACCUGGACUCCUCAGCUCACGGAUCGGAUCUGUGGAGAGGGGGCUGUCCACCGGAAACAAGACACCAGCACAGAUGAACAGAACAUAUGAUAAAACUAUAAAGGUGUAACUGCAUUUGUGAAGUAAAUAGUAUAUAAGAUAGUUGUAAAAUAAACCUGCUUAAAGGCCUGAUUUUUACUGUACUAAAAAUGUGAAAUACAGAAGUUAAUUUUUAAAAGUUUACAGUGGUCCAAAGUUCUUCCUCACUUACCUCAUGUAUUCUGAGCAUCCAAAUUAUUCACCGUGAUGAGUUUAUACGCACUAAACCAAAGAUGUUCAUUUUGUCGUCUUAUGUACUUUAACUUCUUGAGUUCUUAUUUAAAGACAAUAAAGUGAAGUGUAUUUACCUUGUU